AUGCCACAGCAGAUCGAUCAAAGCCACAGGACCCCCUGCACCGUACCACAAUCGAGGCCACUUGCACGCGAGGCCCGGGCCUCAAUGCGGUACACUGCACUGGAGACGUUGGCGCAGUUACUGUCCCCUUUGUCAUCCGCGACUCCGUUCUCGAUCGCGUCCUCGAUCGCGUCCCCGAUCGCGUCGUCGGCAUCGCCCAAUCCAUACCCACCGUUCACAAUCAACAGCCCCAUCUCCCCCAAUUUCGGACUAGAUCUCAACCAGACAAUCGCCCUAAGCUCACAAUCAGACUUCAGCAUAACAUCAGGGUCAGAGUCAGGCCCCAGCUCAAGUUCCCCAGCGUACUCUUCAAGCUCAGCUUCUUCCUCUUAUUCAGACGCAACUAGUAUAUGGGGUGUCUGCUCUAGCCAACGCGCACAGGACAUACAGCUCCGCGGACGCACGCUAUACACCGACGAGCCUGAGGCGACGCCGACGCCGAAACAGCUUACCUUCCCCUCCGGUGCCGGUGACAUAUCCUCCAAAACCGAUGCUACAGCAGAAGAAGCAGGAGCAGUAACACCAAAAGCCGCAGCAAAAGCACCAGAGAGCAGCGACUCAGCAGGUCCGAGUCACCGCGCGCCGAAAAGACCAAGUCGACAAGUGUCGCAAGCCAAAGGGUUAGCAGCAGCAGCAGCAGCUUUGACGACUGCCACAAGACACACAGCAUCAUCAGCAGCAGCAGCAGAAACCACCAGCGCGCAAGCCCCCGCAUACGCAAACAGCAGCAGCAGCAGCAGCAGCAGCAAUGCACGGCUACACUCUGCCACCAACGAGGCGCUUAGUGGUAUACUUUUUUACGGUAGCAACUCUUUGCUACCGACUUCCCCCAGCGCCAGCGCCAGUGGCUCGGGCACCGGCUCUGUGUCUUGCCCAGACCAGACCAUCAACGCGGACGGCGCGAAGCGCAGCUCGUCUGUCCAUUGUCUUUGGAGCAAAUCAUGCUCGUCAUUCGAAGAGCGUGCUGCUCGAUUACCAUCAGCACACGCAAAGCGUCAACCAUCAUCCGAGGCGGGACGAAGGUACGAGGAGAAGAGGGACGAGCUUCUGAAUCUCCUCGACGCGCACCUUGCAGGAUACGAGAGUAUCCUCCCACCCCACCUCGUGUCGAGCGCAGCGGAGACCCCUCUGCCUCUGCACGGUUUUUCAAAGCUGCAAGGGCAAAGCAUUGCCGUGCGCAAGGUGCGCACCAUCGGCUCGGGAAAUGGCACCGCGCGCAUCGAGAGCGUGCGCGCCGCCUGUCUCUUGGACUCUCACUCAGCCUCGGGGAUGGGGCUGCAGCGCGACAGCAUCUGGGUGCUGAAGCGCUUCCAAACCCGCAAUGUUCCAUUCGCAGACGGCGUGCGCGCGCGCGCACAGCUGAAAAGUGAGUGCGAAAUCUACAGGCGCAUCGCGGAGGCGCCGAGGGAGGGCAAAAUCGGCCUUGAGUUUAUUAUGGAGUUGGUGGCAACGGUCUCGUUCCGCGGGGAACACUGUUUGCUUUUGCCGCUGAUGGCGACCGAUCUAGCAGAUGUGCUAGAUAGCAGGCGCACAGUAAUGCCUCGUCGCGAUACCUGCAGAAUAAUCGCACAAAUCGCCACUGGACUCGCCACAUUACACAGCAUAGGCAUCAUCCACAGCGACCUCAAGCCCGCAAACAUCCUCUUCACGCCCAGCGGCACCGUGAAGCUCGCCGACUUCGGGCUGAGCUACCGCACCCCAACCCUGGCGCCGCUACACCGAGACACGGUGUACACCGCGCGCGCUGUCGGCACGCGCGGGUACAUGGCGCCAGAGAAGAUCCGCGCGGUGGGGUACAGCUACCCCGUCGACUACUGGGCGCUAGGGUGCGUAUUCGCGGAGAUGGUGGGCGUCGAGGAUCGGAUGCUGAGGAGCUUUGAGGAGUGUCGCGAUCUGUUGACGUGGGACGAAGAUUACGGUGAGGUUGAGGAGCGCAGGAGCUUCUUCAAGGAUCAAGAACUCGAUGAGGACGCGCUCAGUCUGGUUUGUGGGCUUCUGGACCCAAAUCCCCAGACGCGCUUUGGAAUACUGGAGCUCGUCGCUCAUCCGUAUUUCAAAAACAAUGAUCUCUCCGAGUUCGAAAAAAUCGGCGAAAUGGAGCCAGAAAAUUUAUUAGUCGUGGACUCUCCUAGUCCCAAGGACAUACACUCGAUGCCGAUAUAUCCGAUCGAGACAUCGGAUCCAUCCAAUGAUACCAUGUAUCGUUGGAUCAAUCCCUACGGGCCUUACGUAUCAAACUGCUAA